CCCCCGGGGAGGCCCCGCCAGCCGCAGUCGGCCUGGCCGGGCUCCCGGUGCCCCCUGACCCCGCGCCCUCCCGGCCCCUGCCCGGCCCCUGCCCGGCCCCGCCGCUUCCCGGCAGAGCGGCCGCUGCCCGCGCCAUGGCCGCCCCGCGCGCCCUGCUGCUCCUCGGCCUGCUUCUCGCCGCGCCGCAGGGGCACGGCCGGCGGCCACCCCCUCCCCAGAGCCCCCUGGAGAAGGUGGCGGUCGCGGAGCACCUCAGCCUCCCCCAGCUGGCAGGGCGGUGGUUCCUGGUCGGCGUGGCCUCCCGCUGCGGCUACCUGGCAGAGCACAGCCACCAGCUGGAGGCCACGGCGGUGACAGUGGGUCCGGACGGGCAGAGCCUGACGGUCAGCACCUUCACGAAGCUGGAUGGGAUGUGCUGGGAGAUCAGGCAGCGCUACCUCCCUGCUGGGCCGCGUGGACGCUUCUUCCUGAAGGGCCGUGGCUACGGCAGCAAGGUGGACGUGGUGGUGGCAGAGACAGACCACAGCAGCUAUGCCAUCCUCUGUUACCAGAAGGGCCGGAGCAUCUCCGUCAAGCUGUAUGGACGGAGCAGCAAGGUCAGCGAUGCCAUUGCGGACAAGUUCGAGCAGCGCGCCAGGGCUGUGGGCCUGAGUGAAGACGUGACCUACUACUUCCCCACGUACGGGUUUUGUGACUCCGCAGACGAGUUCCACAUUCUCAACGAAAUGAAGCUCUAGAUGGAGGCAGAGUUGCCAGGACAUGCCCAGAACUGAUCCCUCACCUCAUCCAGCUGCCUACAGACACAGGGACGGGCAGGGACGAGCUGGGGCUUGGCCAGACCUCGCUGCUGUACAGCAGCCCUUGGGGCUCCCCAGCUCUUCCAGCUGCACUGGCAGCCCGCCUGCCUGGCCUUGUUGCGUCCCCCCAUGGCUUUGCAUCCUUCACCCCAGUGCCCUGCAGCAGCCAGCAAGACUCCAAUAAACACAAGAAAAGGG